AAACGCACCACGGUCAAACGAUAUAGUCGAACUCGCGACCGACUUCUGCUCUACUUGUCAUACUCGUCCCCGUCCUCAUUGUCAUCACACCGGGCCGGACCGCAAGACACCAUGUCCGACCGCCGCUCCGAGCUUGUGUACCUCAUCACGGGGGGCUGCGGCUUCUUGGGCCGGCACCUGCUCCGGGUUCUGCUGGACCACGAGGGAGACACCGUGGCGGAGGUUCGAGUGUUCGACAAGCACACGGAUCCCGGACUCAGCGAGCUCGGAACCGGCCGGACGAAGGUGACGGUCAUCCGGGGCGACAUUACGGACUACGACAGCGUGCUGGAGGCCUCCCGCGGCGCCCACGUCAUCAUCCACGCCGCCAGCCUGGUGGACGUCUGGCACAAGGUCCCGGAGGCCCUCAUCUACGCCGUCAACGUCAAAGGGACGCAGAACGUUAUCGACGCGUGUGUGGACAACAACAUCUGCAGUCUGCUGUACACCAGCAGCAUGGAAGUGAUCGGGCCCAACAUGAACAGGGAGCCGUUCGUCAGGGGUAAUGAAGACACGCCCUACCAGGUGAAGCACACUAUGGCCUACCCCAAGAGCAAGGCCAAGGCCGAGAAGAUUGUCCUGGAAGCCAACAGAACUAAGGUGCGGAAUGGCGAGCGUUUGCACACGUGCUCGCUGAGGCCGACGGGCAUCUACGGCGAGGGCCACGAGCUCAUCAAAGACUUCUACAAGCUGGCCGUCAAGAGGGGAGGCCUGAUCGUCGGCGGCGUCCCCGACGAGACCGAACACGGCCGAGUCUACGCCGGCAACGUGGCGUGGAUGCACUUGCUGGCCGCCCGGGCCCUGCGCGAUCAUCCGGAGACCGUGGGCGGCGAGCCCUUCUUCUGCUACGACGACUCGCCCUACAAGAGCUACGAGGACUUCAACAUGCUCUUCCUGUCCACUUUCAAGUUCCGGCGGGUGCGCAUGCCGCUGCCGCUGCUGUGGUUCCUGGCCGUGCUCAACGACGUCCUGCGCUGGAUCCUGGCGCCCUUCUGCAACUUCUCACCCCUCCUGAACAGCUACACCCUGGCCGUGGCCAUCACGUCCUUCACCGUGAGCACGGAUAAAGCGCUGCGCCACUUCCAGUACCGCCCGCUGUACGACUGGGACCAGUGUCGGGACCGCACCCAGAAAUGGGUGGACACCUUCUCCCUGGAGGACCUGAAAAACACCCAAUGAACCUGCUGCAUCAGUAGCCCCACGCUUCUACGUACACGCACAUGAUUCCGUUAUUACCCGCAUAAUGUUACUAAAUACUAUAUUUUCAGAGAAUUCCAGUUAUUCAAAAUGGUGGUCUGGAACCUGCAGCGUGGCCUGGCGGACUUUUUCAAAUAUAAAUACAACCUCAAAUAAACUGAUAUAUAUACAUUUUCACUUUUCACACCAGAACUAAAAACUUAGCGAUUGUCUUGAGUUCCGGUGUACUUAACCCGGUCCAAAUAAGGACCUUUCUACUGAAGAGAGUUCCAGAAACCUUUUUGGGGUGGCGUUUCCUGCACUGAAUAUGCUUGAUUGAUGCCAGGAUUCUGAAAACCACCCAGGACAGGACCAGGAUCUGUUAAUUUUGACCGCAGAUGUAUCCCUGAUGCGGGAACUGUUUUGCAUUUGAACCAUGGUCGUGAAUUUAGUUCUUUAGAUGUGGCCUCUACUUGUGCUAGUUCGUUAAACAAAACCAGCAGUCACAAGCUUCAGGGACUAACAAGGGGACUGAAAUCGUGGAUUUCUGUACUGACUGUCAUACAGUCCACAAGUUCGCGGCGAUGGUACUACAUGAUUAUGUGAAACUGUUGUUUGAAGCCUGAAGGAUCGACACUAAAUGUAGAGUACAGUAUUCCAAUCAAGUUUGGUGUCCGUGGAGCUAUGGAGUCCCAGCAAUAGCGCCCCCAGAGGUUCACUGCGGAAUUACAAUAAAGCGGUCCGUUAUUUUCAUCGUCGUCGUCAAUGUUGUUCUUGUGUUGUAUUCUGAAAAUGAUAAUUAGACAAUUAUGACAAUCAAAUCUGACAAAUGUAAGCACCGCUUACAAGCAAUAACCACAUGUACGAUCACGUCAUAUUUUUUCACGUUUUCCACCCUGUAAUUUCAGUAAUGAUAUUUUUUCCGAUGAGACUGUGAAAUGAUGUUUAUUAAGUGUGUAAAAUAAAAAUGCUUUAAUAUAUUUUAA